AUGCUUCUAAUUUUCUUUUCUGUUUUCCAGCAAUUUCUUCUUUUUUUUUCUUUUUGUCGCCUCUAUUUUUUGCAAUUUUCUUUUUCUGGUUUCGUUUUUUUUUUUUUUGCCUGUCAUUUUGUCUGUCAAUUUUCUCCUUUUAACCUUCUAACGAGAUUUUCUUUUUCUCACUUAUUUUACUUCUUGUUUUGUCUUUUCGUCACAUUCUACGUAUUUCCUACUUUGUUUUUUUUUGUCUUUCUUUUGUUUGUCUUUUUUUUUCUUUUUUCAUCUUCACAUUCUUUCUUUCGUCUUUUUCUUCUUUUUUUUUUUCGCUUUCUUUUUCUUCUCAGUUUCUUUAUUCUGCUUUGCUUUCUUAUUUCUUUAUCUUCUGAUUCGUUUCAGAAGAAAUCCUUCGCUCUCAUUUUCUUCCUCCUUCUCUUAUGCUCCCUUACUCACUCACCCCUCUUCCCCUUCUACAAAACAAUUACACAACUGAAUGCUUUUUAUAUUCAUAAUUCGUUUUUCUUUCUUUUAAUACAUUUUUCUACUCUCCCUUACUUUUUAUGCAUAUUUUGUCUCCCUCUUUUCCUUAUACUACUAUCUUUCUUUUUUGUUUGCUUUCUCGUCUUUCUUUAUUGUCUAUGGUUACUUUUCUUUCUUUCUUUCUUACAUAUUCUUUUCUUCCUUCUUAAUGUAGCUUUUUUUCUUUCUUUCUUUCUUUAUUCAUUUAUUUCUCAUAUUUCUUUUACUUUCUUUUUUAUCUCAUUCACAUCAUAUGGCGUUUCUAUUAUUCAAGUUUCCUUUCUUUUUUUUCUUGUGUUAUUUAUUUCUUCUCUCUUUUAUCUUAUAAUUUUCUUUCCCUUUUCUUUCUUCGUCUAG